CUCGAACGCACUUUUUUGGUCACUUUGUCACCAGAAAAUAUCCAAAUCUACAGCGAUUUUUCUCUCUCACGAUUUUCUUUAAUUCUCUAUUCAAGAUCUUUAUUGUGAUACCAAAGAUAAAGUUUGUCCUCCGGCGACGGCGACUUUGACGCAGACGUGCUAUUUGGAGUUGGAGAUGACCGGCAACGUGCUACUGAGUGAUUUUGUGGAGCAGGAGGAGAGUUCAAUUAUGGAAUCCCAGAAAAAGGAAUCAUCAGAAUGGACAAAUGAGAAGCAUAGUUUAUAUCUGAAGUCAAUAGAAGCAUCAUUCGUUGACCAAUUAUACAACUCUUUAGACAUACAAAACUAUCAAACACAAAAAACCUCCUCCUCAAAAGCAAUUUCAUUUUGGAAAAACCACACUAAUGCUCCACGUAUCCCUUCAGGCCAGUUUAAAGUUCAUCAGGGUGGCUGUUGGACAAAGAAAAAGUUCAUGAAAGAAAACCCACAACUUAAAGAUUCAGAAAGAUCCCAUGUUUCUUUAACCAAUCCAUGGAUCCAACAUUUCACAAAUGGAAACAGACAUGGAGCUAUGACAUCAGCAUCCCCUUCCCUCCAUGAAUCACUAUCAUCAUCACCUGAAACUUCACAGCAAAAUCCUGUUCCUGAAUCUGAUAGUAAUACAGAAAUGACAGAUCAAAAUUUUGUUGAAGACCUAUCAAUCGAGAAGACAAACACAAACAAACCAAACAACACAAAAAGGAAAAGAACAACUACAGUCGCUAAUUCAAGCAACGAUCAGGUGGUUCCUUUUUGUACUUCUACAAUGGCAAAAAAUAAGGCGUUAUGAAAAGAUGUUGAAGAUGAGGAAAUUAAUAUGUUGUUAAGUGGAGAUAAAUUAACCCAUGCUACUCUUGGUAGUAAAGUUGUACAUGAUAUGGAAGAAAUUGGAAAAAUCAAGAUAGAUAGGUCGUUCUUUAAUUAGUUUGUGGUUAAAUAGAGCCAUCUUGCUACAUCAUCCAUCAAUCCUAGCUUGAAGAAAAUCAAAUGGUUUGAGGUGGAUAUUUUGCUUUGUUUAGUAAUAAAUGUUUGCAAUUAUGCAUAUGCUUGAUGUAACAAUAACAAUAUGAAGAAUUCAUAUAUAUGACUAUAUUGAUAUGAGG